AUGACCAAGAUACUGUUCCCGUUCGGCUUUGGAGACGAUUUACUUAUCAACGAUGACGAUGACACUAACGGGGAGCUCCCAAUUCCAAUUGUGUUUCCCUUCUUCGGUCGUAAUUUCAGCUCGCUCUAUGUGAAUACUAAUGGACUGGUCUCGUUCCUCGACGAAAAUACUGGCUAUACACCAGACAGGUUUCCUCUGGAGGAAGACAUUCCUGUGGUAGCAGUCUUCUGGGGCGAUGUCGAUGUGGAGGAAGAACACACGGGUGGCAUCUUGUAUCGCACUGCUCUCCGUGACUCCCCGGGGCAUGCCACGUUGUUUGCACAAGCGGACGAAAUUGUCCGCCAGGUAUUCCCUCAGGUGGCGGGGUUUUCAGCCUCGUGGAUGCUAGUAGCGACUUGGCACAAAGUGGUCUUUCACGGAGCCGACGACAACGACGAUCCUUCAGCAAUUUACAAUACAUUCCAAGUUAUUUUGCUGACCAACGGAGUGCAGUCGUUUGCUAUGUUUAAUUACGCGAAUAUAACGUGGACGACCGGUACGUCAUCAGACGGCAAUGAAUCAGGACUUGGAGGCAUUCCCGCCCAGGUUGGUUUCGACGCCAGCGAUGGCGUCAACUACUACGAAGUACCCGGCUCACAGAGUGAUGACAUUGUCAACAUCGACCUGAGGUCCAACAUUAACACGACAGGCCGGUGGCUGUUCCGAAUUGACCUCGAUGAAAUACAGGAUAACGAAGCACCGAUAUUUCGGAGCUGCCAGUCCCCUGACAUUAUCUAUGUGACAGCGGGGACCAAUGGGAGUCGAGUCGUCUUGGACUCUGACGUAGUGUCUGCUGUUGAUGUCGUCGACGGCCCAGUUGCUGUCAGUUGCUCACUUGUAGACGGAGACUUGAUGAGGGUCCCAGUCACAUCCAAUGAUACUUUUCCUCUUGGGGUGACGACAGUAGAAUGUGAAGCCGUUGAUGCUGUUGGCAAUAAUGCUACUCCAUGCCGGUUCAAUGUAACCGUGAUUGAAGAAACAACAAAUAGUCAACUAGCUACAGAGGACCACGUACCCACAACUGACGCCCCUGGGGUCCCGUCAACUGAAGACCGCGCACCUGCAGCUGAGGCUACUGAGUUUUCGUCAACCGAAGACCACGCAUCCACAACUGAGGCCACUGAGUCCCCUUCAUCUGAAGACCACGCAUCUCCAACUGAGACCACUCAGUCCCCGUCAAAUGACGACCACUCACCCACAACUGAGGCCAAUGAAUCUCUGUCAAGUGACAACCCGACACCUCCUACUGAGGCACCGAAGUCCCCUUCAACUGACGACCUCACACCAGCUCCUGGGGCCACUCAGCCACCGUCAACUGACAAUCACACACCCUCAUCUGGCAUUACAAAGUCUUUAUCAACGGAAAGACAAGUACCAGAACCUGUAACAAACAUCACGUCUCCAACGAAGGGAAUUACUAUAGCACCCACAGUCGUGGUCACACACACAACGCACUCACCCACUAAAGGUCGCGUGGCACGCGUGUUUAGACUGCGAAUCUUAGGUAUCAAUGGAGACGCCGUUAACUUCUCGCCCGUGUUCAGCAAUCCCGGUUCAUCUGCCACUAAAGAUGUUCUUCGUACCUGUCAGCAAGUAGUGAUCUUUGUACUGAAACAAGAUGCACGGACCUCGGCCGUUCUUGAUGUUGUUGGUAUCAUUGUGGUAAGCGGGGGGAGCCUGAUUGUGGAAUUUGUGGCUUUAUUCGAUGGUACGAAUGACGCACCGGCGAUACCAGCUGUGUAUACCAUACAAAGCAUUCUGCAGUCUUCCAGCAGACUUGAGGACAACUCAGAUUACCUGGCAGUGGACACGCUGUAUGUCACCACAACACAAUCGAUAUCGACCUGCCCUUCCGACUACUGUGCAAAUGGUGGAACGUGUGAUGUCGUCGGACUCUACCCGCUGUUCAGUCUAACGUGCAGAUGCGGUACGUCCUUCACUGGUGAACACUGUGAGACCGUUAUCCCAAUCAGCGGAGGCAUACCAACUGAUCCCCCAAUGGCUGCAGUGACUGCUACGCCCAGUCAAGAUGGCUUAUCAUGGCCACUCUACUUGGUCAUCGCUGUUUGGCUUUUACUUCUUGUUCUUGCGAUGUGCGUGUUGACGUUUAUCUGCAUCAUUCUGAGGAGGAGGCGCUAUGCCCCAGCCAAGUCGGGCUAUGGCAUUCCCGCUCGUUGGGAAUUUGAUCGUCGGGCUAGGGAAGACAAUGUGUCUGUCUUCUCUCCCGCACCACAACCUUACCAGAUCUCAUCGGAACAGUUCUUGAGACCCUAUGUCGCAUUAGGCAACGAAGAGAUGAUGUAUCAUGAAUACGAAGAGGGACAAGUGGAACAUUUCAAAGGUCGGCUCGUGCGGAACCCCGCCUUUUCUGGCCACUACUAGAUCGAUCGCUCUGCCUUCCUGUUGGUGUGCCGUUGUUUUAAUGAUGAUGUUUCUCUAAUUGCAAACAACACUUCAUGGUUAUCUGUGGCUUGCUUCAUAUUUCAGAUGUUAGGUUAGCAAUAUUGUGUAUGAAUGUAUUAAACUGUUUGGGGACUUGGAGUGUAUGUAAACAUAUAGUAUACUUUCAUAAUAAUCCGUAAUGAGGAUCUUUGUAGCGCGUUCUAACAAUAAUUAUUUUGACAAUAAUUAGUAUUUCCCGUUAAGCCCCAGACAUCAGGGAAAGUAUUAUAUGGUGCAUAAAUUUAGAUAUCUAUUCAAUGAAUGUGGUUUGUAGUGUGGUGUGCAGUUACAUAAAUUAUGUUAAAGAGGUAGUGGUAAAGAUAGCAAUUUCAUGAAGGUGUUGUGUACUUUCCAAAAGAAUUUGUAAUAGGUCUAUAGUAGACAGUAUUAGUCACUAGAUUAUUUUCGAACUAAUUUGGUAUGUAGGUCUACCUGAUUAUCAUAAUAUGUAUGCUAACGCUGUUUUGAUAGUUUCAUUUUUCAUUUAAUAUUUUCAUUUAAAUCGAAAUAGACUGUUGUGAAAAUUCAUGUUUAUUCAGCAGUGGAUACCUCGGGUUGAUGCAUUAAGAGGUGUUAAGGGGAAUUCACAUUCAUCAGGGUCGGUGACAACUCCGCCUUUUUGCUCUUUUGCUGAGUGAGCCUUGCCUACACGGCUGGGGCAAAGCUCCCCUAAAUCUCGGCAAAUUUCCCGAAUAUAUCGGGACUUAUGCAACAGCAGUGCCACUGUCAUUGUUGCCCAGGGUAAGUCCAUGAACUCUUCAGUGUGUUUGCACCAAGUAUUAUUGGGCACAAUACUGGCGAUUCACAAUAGUGCGCCACCAAAAGUUUGCGACGCGUUGGCCAAUCAUAACGCGCGAAAUUUGUCGACCCUUUCCAAACCCGCAUUGGGUCGACAAAUUUAGCGCGGUAUGAUCGGCCAACGCAAAUCCAGAAUAAAGAAAAGAGAAUACGGGAUUUAGGGAGUACUGUUAUGUAACAAUGAGUAGGCCUACUCCCAAAAAGUACAUGCAGGGAUUCUUUAGGGGUUAAUUCUUUUAGAAGAAGAAAAGAAGCAACUUUGUAAACUCUGGCAGUAUGUAAAAACUCUUAACGGUACAUGCAUCAAUAUUCAAUAGCAAUGCAGGGAACAGCAAACAAGUGUUCCAAGAAAUAUAGCAAGUAUUAUUAUAAACUGAAAGUGUCUGUUGUGCACUUUUUAUCGGUGUCAGAAGCUUUUUUGAAAUUCGUAUCCCUGAAUGUAGGAUGUUAUUUUCACACAGUGACGCUGGUAUUACAAGGAUUUUUUUUCAUUUUACGUAUCCACACGUGUGAAAACUUCCAUGGCACUGAGUUUACGCAUAAUCCCAACGAAGGAUAAAAAAGUUCUCGUAUUGUGGGUCAAAAUACUAUGUGGAUUACUUUGUGCGCAAUGUACUCGUAAUGGUUUUCAUGGAAAUGCCUAUACGUGUAGAUACAAUUCAGGAAAAAAUCCGUUACUAUAGCUUGUUUAAAACAUGACGUCGUGUUACAGGAUCCCCCUUUCCACC